CGUCACUGUUCAUGGUCCGUGCUCACAAACAAUUGCAAAUUCGAUUGUGCAUAGCGAAAGUCUCAUGAAUAUUCAUUUAGAACUCUAUAUGAUUUAAUGUGUUUUUUCUGAUUGACAAGUGCAGUUUUUAAACAUCAGCGAUUGUAUUUUGUUAGAGUGUCUGUGUGUGCAGUAGUCUGUGUUACCAAACAAGCGCACUCCAACAAGAAAACGGCAGUCAGUGCGCCUGUGUUGAAUGUGUCUGUUUUUGUAUGUGUGCUUGUGCGUGCGUGAGUGAGUAGCAGGAGAAGCAGUGACGUUUACAACAAUAAACAAGUUCGGUCUCAUCAACAAAAUUUCAAGUUAAUUUAGUGCUGCCUCAGCGAAAACCAAUAUAUUAAUCGCGAAAUAACAAACAUAUACACACAUAAAUAGCAUGAAUCGUUUAAUAUUUCAUGGCAUUUGAAUGCAUUUUUAAUUGAAAAAAAUAAGAACCCAACGACGCCGCCGUCAACGUGAGCUUUUUAUUGUAGCUGCUGCUACUGCUGCUGCGUCUCCGUUGCCGUCGUAGUUGCAGUAGUGGCCAACAACAAAAACAAAGGCUUCAGAUAGAAAAAACAACAGUCGCUUUGUCUGCCACAAAAGAAGUUGCCGCGCCGCACGCUCGUUGCUCUAUUUGCGGUCCACAAUAGAGACAGCAGCAAUAACACAAUAACAACAACAAUAACGCGAAAGCCAAACGUGAAGAGCCGAACUAUGCAGCGCGCUGAGCAAUCGUUGGGGUCUUAGGCUUUAAACUGAAGCAACAAAUACAAUCCAGAAGCACAUUUAACAAUCAACAAUAAGGGAAAACGUUGGAGAUCGAACUGCAAUAAGAAUAAAACCAACAUCAAUAAACGCAUCUUAAGAGUGAGCCAAACAAGGGGAGAAAGAGAGAAAGAGAGAGAGAGAAAAGGAGAAGGAGAAUUCCAACAUUAUAGCCCCCCAAGCAGUUUCGCUCGUCAAGUCUGCAAUGACACUGACCACAACAGCGACUCAGCCACAGACGGAGAGCAACAAGAAAAUGGAGGUGAAGUGCGUCACAGCCGAAGAGAAUUUGCCCAACUCGGAAUUGGAUUUGCUAGCCAAACUGGAGGCCGCCAACAAGCUGAUCGAGAGCGAUGCGAAGAGCCUCAACUCGCUCCACUCCACGCACAGUCGCAAGAACUCGGAUACGAGUCAAAUAAGCCUCACAUCGAGCGGCAACUCGGUGGCUGAAGAGGAUAUUUGGACCAUCUGGGCAACCAUACUGAAUGAUUGGGAGGGUGCCCUGAAGCGCAAAAAUCCCUGUGUACGAGAGUUGGUUCGUCGCGGCAUUCCGCACCACUUUCGGGCGAUUGUGUGGCAGCAAUUGAGUGGGGCAGCGGAUGCGGAUAAGAAACAGUAUGCGGAUUAUAUAAAGGCGACAUCGGCAUGCGAGAAGGUGAUCAGACGGGACAUUGCCCGCACGUAUCCCGAGGUGGACUUCUUCAAGGAGAAAGAUGGACCCGGCCAGGAGGCCCUCUUCAAUGUGAUCAAGGCCUAUUCGCUGCAUGAUCGCGAGGUGGGCUACUGCCAGGGCUCUGGCUUCAUUGUUGGACUGCUGCUCAUGCAGAUGCCCGAGGAGGAGGCCUUUGCAGUGCUCGUCCAGAUCAUGCAGCAGCAUCGUAUGCGUCACAUGUUCAAGCCCUCGAUGUCGGAACUGGGCCUCUGCAUGUACCAACUGGAGAAUCUGGUGCAGGAGCAAAUUCCCGAUAUGCACAUACACUUCCAGCAGCAGGGCUUUCAAACCACAAUGUAUGCCUCCAGCUGGUUCCUGACCCUCUACACUACCACACUAAAUGUGAACCUAAGCUGUCGCAUUAUGGACGUGUUCCUCAGCGAGGGCAUGGAGUUCAUAUUCAAGGUGGCAUUGGCGCUAUUGUUGACGGGCAAGGAGACGCUGCUUUGCCUGGACAUGGAGGCCAUGCUCAAGUUCUUCCAGAAAGAGCUGCCCGGUCGCGUCGAGGCCGAUACCGAGGGCUUCUUCAACCUGGCCUACUCGAUUAAGAUCAACAGCAAGCGCAUGAAGAAAAUGGAGAAAGAGUAUCAAGACUUGAAAAAGAAGGAGCAGGAGGAGAUGGUAGAACUACGACGCUUACGUCGUGAGAAUUGUAUGCUGAAGCAACGCAAUGAGCUGCUCGAGGCUGAGAGUGCCGAGCUGGCAGAUCGUCUGGUGCGGGGUCAGGUGUCGCGGGCCGAGGAGGAGGAGACGAGCUAUGCGAUCCAAACGGAACUUAUGCAGCUACGUCGCUCCUUCCUGGAGGUAUCCCAUCAGCUGGAAAAUGCCAACGAGGAGGUCCGAGGACUCAGUUUAAGGCUGCAGGAGAACAAUGUUUCUAUCGAUAGCAACAAUUCUCGCCAAUCAUCUAUCGAUGAGCUGUGCACCAAGGAGGAGGAAUUGAAGGAGCGUGACGAAAUGGUCUCCUGUUUGCUGGAGGAGCUUGUCAAAGUGCGUCAGACUCUGGCCGAGAGCGAGGAUCAAAUUCGUAAUUUGAAGGCGAAAAUCGAGGAGCUCGAGGAAGAUAAGAAGACGUUGCGCGAAAGCACGCCCGAUAAUUCGGUGGCGCAUUUGCAGGACGAGCUAAUUGCCAGUAAACUGCGCGAAGCCGAGGCUUCGCUCUCACUGAAGGAUCUCAAACAGCGCGUUCAAGAGCUGAGCACACAAUGGCAACGCCAGCUGGCCGAGAACCAACGGAAUGAACACAAUACAGCCGCCAUGGACUCGACGCCCAAGAAGUUGCUCACCAAUUUCUUUGACAACUCAAAGGCGAAUGAGCACACACAGAAGCUCGAGGAGGAGCUGAUGACCACGCGUAUACGCGAAAUGGAAACAUUGACGGAGCUGAAGGAGCUGCGUCUGAAGGUCAUGGAGCUGGAGACACAGGUGCAGGUCUCAACAAAUCAGCUGCGUCGCCAGGAUGAGGAGAACAAGAAGCUGAAGGAGGAGUUGGAAAUGGCUGUGUCGCGCGAGAAGGAGAUGUCGAACAAGGCGCGUGAACAACAACACAGAUACUCGGAUUUGGAAUCUCGCAUGAAGGAUGAACUGAUGAAUGUGAAAAUCAAAUUCACCGAGCAAAGCCAAACGGUUGCCGAACUGAAACAGGAGAUAUCUCGACUGGAAACAAAGAACUCCGAAAUGCUGGCUGAGGGCGAACUGCGCGCCAACUUGGACGAGUCGGACAAGGUGCGCGACCUGCAGGACAGGUUGGCCGACAUGAAAGCCGAGGAUACAUGCUUACAUACUAAACCGAAAUGAAAGCUGAAAUCAAAUACGUUUCAUCAUCACAUCUGCACUCGACCCGAUCGAUGUAAUUAUAUUUUGCAUGCCAACACGAAUCGCUUGAUCAUUUCUAUCUAAUUUUUGUAACAAUAAUCAGGAAAAUUUUUAAACACGCUUUCCACAUACUAUACAUAUACAUAUAUAAUACAUACUAGUUACGUAAGCACAUAACAACACAUUUGCUGUUGUUGUCUUCCGUACGAUAUCCAACUUUUGUGUUUCUAUUUCAUUGUCGUGCUUUUAUGCGUGUGUAUGAUGGUGUUGGUUCGUGCCUCUCUCUCUCUCUCUUUCUCUUAACACAAAACACAACUCUCUAAUGAUAACAUGAAAGAGCGUAGUUAAACAAAAUCAAAGCACCCAUGCACAUAAUACCAACAAGAACAACAACAUCUACAACAACAAUGCAACAACAACCACAACACUAAUCGGCCAAAAUUUCCGCUGCAGUUAACGGCGCUGAAAAGUCGCGGCAAAUUCCCAUCCAAUAAACUGCGCAGUGGUUCGAUCCAAUCGAUAGAGUCCAAUGAAAUUGACUUUAACGAUCUGAAUAUGGUACGGCGCGGGAGUACGGAGCUAUCCACAUAAUAUU